GCAAGCCUGAAUGAGCACGGCAUGACCGCUCGGGAAUUUUCACGAGCACCUAGGGAGCGCCCCGGUCUCCUCCUUACCUUCUCUGCUGAUCGGGGCGUGAAGCCCAAAGGCCGGAAUCAGCCCCGUCCGGAGCCCACCUUCACUCCUAGCCUUGGACUUUGGACUAAUACAUGCUUGCCGAUUGUUGUUGUUUUUCUAAAUCAGCUAAUGGCGCAUCAUGGCCAAGACUUGGGAGGAGCACCAGGACCUCUUGGCUUCGACAGAGAGGAAGAGCGUCUGGUUGCCAUGGCAGCACUACCUUCACUGUUCUGUGUUCUUGUUAAUCCUAAGGACUUGACGGGCAAUGAGGAUCUCGAUACAAGAUACCAAGAAGUUGCAGACAAAGUGCGGAAAGAUGAUAAAAGGAGCUGUCGUGGUAUCAAAAAUCUUGAUGCUGCUAUCACAGCUAACACAGGAGAGAGGCAAGCAACUGGUUUUGUGGUGGCAGCCAAUGACACUACUCUGAGGGUCCUUACAUGCGCCCAUGUCAUUGACGACAUUUUUACAGUAGACAACCAUAACCAGUUCAAUCUUGAAGAAGUGAACGCCCUGUUUAGGUUUGAUGUUCACUGUUAUCACCAUGAGGUAAAUGUUCGCACAAGGCUCAUCAAUCAGAAAAUAUCUGAGCGCCUCAGAUUUCCUACUCAGACACGAGUUAUUGCUCUGGAUACUCAGAAGGAUUUGAUGGUUCUCGAGUUUGAUGUUGGAUAUCUGUGUGACAGAGAUGAGACAGAUGUGGGAGGUGCGAGGACCUGGUGCGAAGCCAUGCAUCCAGUUAUCCAUAGAGCUGAUGCAGAUCCUAGCAAGAUGCAGAAGAUGGUCCUAGCUGGGUGGCCACCUCAAAGAGCUGGUUCUUGUGCCAUUGGGCAAGUUUCCUUUUGUCAUUGGACAUAUGAUGCCAUCACUGCGGUAAAUUUUAAGGGAUACACCAUGAGGCUGUUAGAGAUUCCUGGUAUGGUAGCUGACAACGGAUUCUCUGGCGCCCCUGUUCUAAAUGGCGCCGGCCAAUAUGUGGGUGUUUUUCAUGGUGUAUUUAAUCUUUCCACUGGAUAUGCUAUAUGUUCACAGGAUGUGAGGGACUUUCUUCAGGAACACAACGUGUUGGUUUGGGAGCCCAACGAUGCCGAGGAAGCUUAGAGCAUCUUUCGCCGCCGCCUCCAUGCCUGCAGACGCCUCCCAACUGUAGCAGCUCUUCCCUCCGGAUCCCGCUACCACCCGCCUGUUGAAGCUAGCUGUGUGAACUAUGCACAGAUGUCUUUUGCUCAAGUCAGCCGUGUGAACAAUGUUGAAGCUACCUGUGUGAACUAUGUCAGGACAGCUGUGUGAACUAUGUAAUGUCAUUUGCGAUAACUAUGCUUCUGUCAGGUGUGUGAGAACCAAGUUAAAUAUAACCUCUGUCUGUUGGAUUCUAAUUUCUCUUGUCCUGUGUUGUCAACUAUGUUGCGGUCAAGUUGGCCUGUGCUCUUUUCCUUUCUUUUUCUGAACUGUGAAACUUGCAAGUCGGGUCCUCACUGCUGGUGCACUGCACCAAGCAGAUUCUGCUGCAGAUUGUCAUGCUGAACUUGCUCCUUUGCAAAAGCCAUGAAAAUUUCAUUCACCUGAAUCUUUC